AGAGAAUGAUAGAAGUCAUAGAACUCCCCCUUCCAUUAACACAAUUCUCUGUUGACUUCUUCCCCCUUCCUUCUUGAAUCCCUUCUCCCUCUCAUCCAUUAGUCCACGCCUCAAAUCUCUCUUUCAAUCACCCAUUUCUUCAUCGUCAAUCUUUUCCCACUGUCACCAACCCGCCCAGCCGGAGCCAGAGGAUUCCCACAAAUAAAGGUCCCCAUACACUUUCACCCGCUCCUUUUUUUUCCCCUUUUUGUUUUCAACGCCAGCCUCAAUCCCUUCUGUCAAUACCCUCCCUCCCACAGAGAAUGCGGAUUCAUUCGUCCCUGGAAUUCGCAGAUUUCUUGGGAGAAAAUUGAAAAGAUUGGAUUUUUUUUCCUUUCUUUCUUCUUCUUUUUUUACGCGUUUCUAACCCUAGGCGUCUGUUCCCAGAAAUUUCUGGGUAGCUUUGGUGUUUGAUAAAGUGUGAGGGCAAUCGGAGGUGUGGGUAUUGUUUGAAUCUUGGAGAUUGGGGGAUAAUAGGAUGUCCCAGAUGAAGCACAUUGAUAAUAUUCCUUCUACCCCUGGGAAAAUCAAGUACAAUCGGACCAGGCUCCAUUCUUCCCUGGCCAAGCUGACCUUCUGGUCAUUCCUCUUCUUGGGGUUGAUCUAUGUUGUGUUCUUCAGAUCACCUUCUUCCUAUUCCUCUUCUACUUCCUCCGGACCUUCGGAUCUCUCCAGGAGGUCUCUGAGGACCAGCUCCUACGGUGGCCCGGAAUGGGAGAAGAAGAUUAGGGCCUCUGCUAAGGUUAGAUCAAGAAAUGGGAUUUGUGUUUUGGUCACCGGGGCUGCCGGGUUUGUUGGGACCCACGUCUCAGCUGCCCUCAAAAGGCGUGGAGACGGCGUCUUGGGCCUGGAUGUGUUCAAUGAUUACUAUGACCCGUCGUUGAAAAGGGCCCGCCAGGCUCUGCUGGAGCGCUCCGGCGUCCACAUUGUGGAAGGGGACAUCAACGAUUCUGCCCUCUUGAUGAAGCUCUUUGGCAUUGUUCAGUUCACGCACGUGAUGCACUUGGCAGCUCAGGCUGGCGUCCGGUAUGCUAUGCAAAACCCUAGCUCCUAUGUCCACAGCAACAUCGCGGGCUUUGUUAGCCUUCUAGAGGUCUGCAAGAGUGUCAAUCCUCAGCCUGCUAUAGUCUGGGCAUCCUCUAGUUCAGUCUAUGGAUUGAACACCAAGGUGCCAUUCUCAGAGAAGGACAGGACAGACCAGCCUGCGAGCCUAUAUGCUGCAACCAAGAAAGCAGGUGAGGAAAUUGCCCACACCUACAACCAUAUCUAUGGGCUUUCCUUGACCGGAUUGAGGUUCUUCACUGUUUAUGGACCAUGGGGAAGGCCAGACAUGGCUUACUUCUUCUUCACAAAGGACAUUCUGAAAGGGAAGCCCAUCCCCAUAUUUGAGGCGCCGAACCAUGGCACGGUUGCUAGGGAUUUCACCUACAUAGACGACAUAGUGAAGGGCUGUUUGGGGGCAUUGGACACUGCUGAGAAGAGCACGGGGAGCGGUGGGAAGAAGAAAGGGCCAGCCCAAUUGCGGGUAUUCAAUCUCGGGAACAAGUCACCCGUGCCCGUUUCGGAGCUUGUGAGCAUUUUGGAGAGAUCACUCAAGACGAAGGCCAAGAGGGAGAUCAAGAAGCUUCCAAGGAAUGGGGACGUGCAGUUUACCCACGCGAAUAUCAGUUUGGCCCAGAGGGAGUUAGGGUACGAGCCAACGACCGAUCUGCAGACGGGUUUAAAGAAAUUCGUUAGAUGGUACCUCAGUUACUAUGGUCAUCAUGGGAAGAAGACUGCAUCCCAAUGAUCCCAUCCAUCCAUUCCAUUCCCUUUGGUGUUGUGGGUAGGACACCAUUCAAUAUUUCUUCCCCAUUUUGGAUUCUUGUUGUUUCUAACCCAUCAUCCCAUUUCAUUGCUCCAAUUUUCUUGUUUUUUUCUUGAUGAUCAUAAUGAUGAUGAUGAUGCCAUAAAAAAGGGGUUCAUUCAUCUGAUUCCACAAUGAAGGAAAAAUUUAUAGAGGGAAAGAUAUAUAUAUGUGUGUUUGCUUGCCAUUGGAUCUGCAUUCAUCCAAUAUCAAUGAGACCAAAUCUUAGUACUGUUUUGAGUGUGAGUCUUGUACCUUAAAUUUAUUGUUGUGUACCAUUGUUUUCCCUCACUUAAGUCUACUUGCUGAUUGAACAUAUAUAUAUGUAUUCAUUACAAAAACCCAAGUGAAGAGUUAUACUACAUUACUACCCCUACAAUAAUUGUCUGUCUCAUUG